AGGGUUGAAGCGGCAUUGCUCCCCUGUGGUCAAGACUCACAAGACCAUUGAUUAGCUUUUUCCCCCAACGAACUGCCAAAUAUCACGAAACCAUGGCCUGAGCCAGAGUCGUGGAAUGAAUGGAAUGAAUUUCAUUUAUUCAUUCAUUCAUUCAUUCAUUCAUUCAUUCAUUCAUUCAUUCCCCAGAUGGCCUUUGAUUCAUUCACUCAUGAAUGCUUCCGCCGUUAUUUCGUCUAUGGUGGGGCUCCUUACAAAAGAAAAAGUUGUGGUGCAUUAAGAACAGGUGCGCCAUUUAUGGGUUUUGUCAACAAAUCUCAGCGCGUGCCGCGUUGUAGUGCGAACGGUGCGAACCCCGCCCUGAAAGAUUGCACCUGUGUAUUUUUUGUUAUUUUUCGUGGCAAGGUGCGACUGCUUCAGUUUGAAAAAUGGAUGAUAUAUUUCAAUAUGUCCGAGAGGGCAAUCCGUUUCACGUCCGCGUCUGGCUGGAUGAUACAGAACAUGACAUGAAUGAAGGCGACGACCACGGGUUCAGCCCGCUGCACUGGGCGGCCAAGUGCGGCCACGCCGGCAUCGUGGAGAUGCUGAUCCAGCGCGGCGCCAGGGUGGGCGCCACCAACAUGGGCGACGAUACGCCGCUGCACCUGGCCGCCGCGCACGGACACCGACCCGUCGUACAGCUGCUGCUGCGUACGAAGGUGGACGUGAACCUAACGAACGAGCACGGCAACACGCCGCUCCACUACGCCUGCUUCUGGAGCUACCAGGGCAUCGCCGACGACCUGAUCCAGGCCGGCGGCAUCGUCACCAUCUCCAACCGAUUCGGUAAGACGCCGCUGGACUACUGCAAGGGCUCGAUGGCGACGCGUCUGCACGAGCUGGCCGUACAGAUGGGCCAGGAGCUGCGGAGGAUCGAAUACAAGGACCAGAGUUGGCUGGGCAUGAAGACGCGCAGCCGCGACGCCACGCUAUCCCGUCACAAGGGUAUCGCCAUCAACGACCUGAACCUGCACGUGAAGGUCGCCACCUCGCCGACCGGCGAGACGUGGCGCGGCAAAUGGCAGGGCAACGACAUCUGCGCUAAGAUCCUGGCGCUGCGCGAGUGCACGCCGCGCGUCAGCCGUGACUUCAACGACGAGUUCCCCCGGCUCAGGAUUUUCUCCCACCCGAACAUCCAGCCGGUGCUGGGCUGCUCCAACUCGCCGCCCAGUCUGGUGGUGGUCAGCCAGUUCCAGGAGCACGGCAGUCUCUACGACGUGCUGCACCGCGGCUCCGGUGUGGUCGUUGACACGGCGCAGGCGCUGCGCUUCGCGCUGGACGUGGCGCGCGGCAUGUGCUUCCUGCACCGGCUCGAGAAGAACGUGCCCAACUACCACCUCAGCAGCCGACACGUCGUGAUUGACCAGGAUAUGACGGCCCUGCUGAACAUGGCAGACGCCGAGUUCAGUUUCCAGAACAAGGGCAAGAUCUACCACCCGCAGUGGUACGCACCUGAAGCGCUGCUGAAGAGUCCGUCGCAGAUCAACCGGCACGCGGCCGACAUGUGGAGUUUCGCCGUGCUGCUCUGGGAGAUGGCCACCCGAGACGUGCCGUUCGCCGAGUACUCCGCCAUGGAAAUCGGUAUGAAGAUCGCCACGGAGGGUCUGCGACUGGUGACACCUCCGGGCAUCUCGGCACACAUCUCCCGGCUCAUCUCCAUCUGCAUGAACGAGGACCCCAAGAAGCGGCCCAACUUCGACCAGAUCGUGCCCAUCCUCGAGAAAAUGGUCGACAAGUAAGCGUUCAGCGUGAGUCGCCGGCGGCCCGGCCCUCCCGCUGGAUGUCGCUGUGUUCGCCGUGCGGCGGUCGAUCCCCCACACCCACCCGUCCCUCCUUCACAAACACAGCGGUGGUCGGUGGUGCAUUGGCUCAGAUCCACAGCCACUGACCCUCCGCCCAAAGCUUUGACCCAAGCUGCUUAUCGUCGUCUUUCGAUGGAACCGUGGCCGACUUAUACGCCAUGCCUUAUUUUUGCUGGCGUGCAAUCCGAAGUAUUGUCAGCAGCUUCCUCUAAGUCGACAAUGAUCAAGUUUUCUCUGGUUGAUUUUUUUAUUUAUUUAGCUGUAUGUUUAUUCUUGAUGGUUUAUUCGAUGCCCAGUGCUCAUUGCUCAUGCACAAUGCACAAAGUUUUUUUUUUAACUAUGAGCUUAUAGUGUUUUGGGGUUGGGCAGAAGUCUUCGUUUUCUUAAAUUCUACUACGAUUUCGCACUUCACUUCCGUGUUCAUUGGUUCCUCAUUCGAAAGCUUCCUUGAAUCGAAAGAUGACCGAAAUUGGCACGGUCUCUUUCUUUGAAUAUAUCCUAUUGUCGUCACUCCUUCCUUUGAGAGCUUCCGUGGGCACGCGGCCGUGAGUGCCGGCCCUGCCAAACUCCCCCGACGGCCCCCGUCUCCCAGAUGGCUGCUGACGGGCCGUCCCCGCCGAAUGGUUGACUCAGACUCACAGCUGGAGCUCCGGCUGACCGGAGGUGUUCCCGCUCGGAGCGGACUAAGUGUAGGAGUAGUCUCACCCUCCACUGGUGCCAGUCUGCACCCACCGCCGACCGGCGCGGCGGCGGCGGCGGCGGCGCACGGCACCGUGUCGGUAACCUUGGUAACCGCGUCUUUGGAGUCGUCUGCUCUCCGAGGAUUAACACCAAAUAAUAGUCAUUGACAUGAAGCGAGACGCGCGCGAUAUUGUGCUGCCAUAGCUUAGCGAUGGUGCUUGUUGUUAAUAUUUAUGUGUAUUAUUUCGCCGGCUUUACAUCGGAUCGACAAUUGGCGAGUGUCGUUUUUUUGUUGACGCAAUUAUCACAGAAAACAGCUGCAGGUCCAUUCAACAGAAUGGCGAACGCUUAGCCUAAAUCGGAAUCUCCUGGUGUUUUGUUCAGGAAUUUUGUGUCGUCUGUCUGUCUCAUUGGUGCCAGUUUGCCAUUCACGUCUGGUUGGCCGCUCGACCACUCAUUUUAUAUAGCAUCACAUUUCGUCCACAGCUGCUGCUUGUAGUUUCGAUGACGCGAGUGUCGGCGAGUUUUGCAUGUGUACCGUGGUGCUAACGUUGUGCCUUCGAUAACGUGAUGUGAACGUCACAAUAUUGGCCUUAAUAUAAAUGGUACUAACA